AAAUCAUUGACGUGGUUUGUCGAUUGAAUUAAAUAUAAAUAUCAUAUUUUCAUCGUUAAAUUAAAUAUUUAAAUAUGCCAAUGCCAUUGCGAUUGCGUUUGCGAUUGCUGUUGCUGCCUCUGGCGAUGAUUUUGCUUCUGGGCACGCACUUGAGUGGCGCGUCGGCUGUUGACAAGGAUGUGGCACCAGUUGGCGAUGUAAAAACGGAUUUGCUGUCAUUGGAGCAGGAAAUUGGCGGCGCUGCGGUGCCGGGUGAAUCGGAAUCUGAUUCGCAGCGAAAUCUGCAUCCGGUUCGUCGAAGGCGUGGCAUCUUCUUUAGCGGCAGCAUCGGCGGAUUGCCCUUCCUCAACUGGGCCAGUGGCUAUUCUUGGGCGUAUCCAGGCUAUCCGUACAACUACUAUGGCUCACCAUCGCCUGGCUAUUAUGGUUAUGGCAGUGGCUACUAUCCCGGCUACCUGGGCUAUCAGAAAAUUAUCAUCGGCUAAUGCAGAGUUGCAAGAGAACAAAAAAAUCGAUUAGAGAACUCCUUUUCAAUGUGAGAUUAUAAAUAAUGGCCAGGAAGGAGCCACGUCGA